CGCCCCGCGAAAGUAGCAGCAGCAGCAGCAGCGAGCUUCCGUCCGGUCGGCGGUAUCUCGAUUUUCGCGACGAUGUGACGUUCAUUUCACAUCGCGCGCACGCAAGACUCGGUAUGGCGCGAUAGGUACGCGCGUACACGUACGCGUUUUGGAGGCGUUUCAUUUAGAGCUGUUUAGAGCGCACGUUUACGUGUGUACACUCUCCCCAUCAAAGCUCCUCGCGAGGAGCGUCCGCGCAUCGUACCGCACGUUUCAUGGGGAGUUACCCGUGGCUUCGCCGAUCGUGGCUUAAACAUAAUCGCUGCCCUUCCUCCCCACGUCCUUGGCCAGAGGUGUGUUCGUUGCUGACUCGUUGAUAAACAACGCACUCGUCCGACGUCAUCACCAGGAAACGCGUGAUGCGUGUCCCGGCGCCGCGAGCGCAACAUCCAAAGAUCUCGUGAACGAUGUCCAAGUAUCAGUAACCGAGAUAUCUGCGAGGACGAAAACGCCUUAACGGAAGCGCGGGAGGUAGGUUGGGGAAGGAAGGUAUGGAGGGUGCCAACGGUCAGCUGCAGACCAAGUAUCAGAAAAUCGCCACGGAAUAUUCAAAAAUUCGUGCGCAAGCAAACGUUCUGAAAAAGGCUGUGAUAGAGGAACAAGCCCGUAAUGGGGAGAUCCGGAAUCAGCUGAAGGAGAAGGAAGUGGAAUUUCGUAGGGCUGAACAGGAGAUUGACAGUCUGACGUUUCGCAAUCAGCAAUUGACAAAACGUAUAACUGUAUUACAGGAAGAACUUGACAAGGCGCAGAAUAAACCCAAAAAGGGUAAGGGCAAAGCAUCAGAGAACAACAGUCAGAUUCCAACACCACUACCACCACCGAAUAACAUCUUGGACGAGGAAUUUCAGAAGAAGAUAGUCGAGAAUGCUCAAUUGUUGUCACAGAUUAGUGACAAGGAUAGUGAAAUUGAAAGUUUGUAUGAAAGAAUACAGCAGCUAGAAUGUAAGGUCGAUUAUUGCGAGAAGUCUAAAGUAGAAUCCGAGUGCCAGUACCAGAAUACUAUAGACAAAUUAGAAAGGGAGAGAAAUGACUUGCAGAGAAAGUUAAGUGACAGACAAAAGCAAGAGGAAACUGUAUCGUGGUCUAGUAACGAGGGUAGACGCGAUGGUUAUGAUUUUGAUGCUAGAGGAACACUUUCUAAUCAUCGGCAAACCGAACCGUCACCGUUUUCUUCGCCGUCGGCUUCUCGCAGAUCGUCCAAGUCGCUUGGAGAAGGAAAGCCGCAAAAGUCACAAGAGGAAAGUAAUGAAUUUCUCUAUAUAAAAUCAUGUGACUUAGAAAAGGAAAUUAAUCACUGGAAAGCUCAGUACCAUAUACUCAAGAUAAAGUAUGAUGAACUAGAACAAAAAGAGGCUACGGCAACUUCGCAAAUUGAUGGCGAUAUAUCGAAACCUGUAGAAAUAAGUAACAUGAUUGGAAAAUUGAAUGCACCUUUUGCCAUACCAGAAGAGAUUGAAGCUCGUGAAUUAAAAAUUAGAGACUAUUUUCUAGAAGAAAUUGAAAGAUUGACAAACGAAAAGCACGUCUAUCACAUAAAAAACCUAGCUAUGGCCGCCAAUAGUGAAGUUAUGCACGUACAGUUAGAUACAAGCGAAUCGAAGAGGGAGAAAUGCGAAGCGGCACUAUUAGAGACACUUUCCAAUUAUAAUAGUAUACAAAAAGAGAAAGAAACGCAAGAGAUAAAUUACAAGGUACAGCUCAAUACUAUGAGCGAACAUCUUGCCAAUAUGAAUGAAAAACUCAUCUUCCAAACGGAGGAGAUACAACAACUGAAAUUUGAAUUAGCUAAUAAGAAUAGUAAAAGAGGAAAACAAAAGUGAUCCAGGCCAGAAUUGCAAAGAACAAUCAUCGACAUUCCAUUCAAUGGUAUGGUUUAAUCGUGAUCAUCGAUCAAUCUUGUGUAAAUAUAUAGCUCGUAUUCGAGAAACCACUGGUUUCACGCAUACUCGUAUCUUUAGCCUGAAAAGCGCUAAAGAGCUCUCUAACUCAAUGUUACAUUAUUUAUGAAAUCAAAAUCAAAAUUCUCAUCGACGACGUUCUUACGUUAUAAGUUUAACUCUUCUAUAUUUUGUACAUGUGCAAUGAUUAUUCUAAUUUGCUCAUACUUAUUUACAGCAAUAUGUCAACACUUGAUACAGGAUAAAGUUUACAAUCUAAAUUCGUUAGAUCAAGAGAUACAUAAAUCUUUUUUGGUAUCACUUGCAAGACAUUUAUAGUUUAUAAUAAAAAUGUAAGGUGACACACCUACAAUUGUAAAUUAUAAGCCAUUCUUACUAUAUUAAAAGAGGAUGUAAGAGAUAUGUACAGCUACUGUUUAUAGUAGGUGUUGUGAUAAAAUUAAUGUAUAUUCGCCAAAGCAGUUGUAUGUAUUGCCUUGUGCGUAUUAAUUAUAAAUAAAGUAUAAAUAAUCUUCGAUAAA